AGCGCGUCCGGCGUUGCUUGGCUACCCCGCCGUUCCCCCGUCCCGCCGCCGCUCGCUCCCCGGGUGAACCUCUGACGCCGUCACCGCGGGCCCCGGCUGCGUCAUAGCGGCGGGCAUCCCACCUCCACGUCACACCUCCUCCUCACCUGGACGCGCUGUCCUCCCUCCCUGUCAACCGCGACGCUUCCUCUCCCCCUCCACUCCCCCUACGCCACAUCUGGCGAGAGAAGAUGGAGACGAGGGUGGGACUGAGCUUUGGACGACGCUCAGGAGAGGGUCGCAAGGUGGGACCCCGGACAGUGGUAGAAACAAAACGAGGACGUCCCUGAAGUUUGCCCUUCUACUGAGAUGCGAGGAAUAGAGAGAAAGAAAUGACCAACCCAGAGGCGCCUGAGGCCUCGCUGUGGCUGUGACUCCAAGUCCUCUCUGUGCUUCCCUGGCCUUUGCCCCAUUUCUCCUUCACACCACUUCUUUGCCAGUCUAGAUCCAUCCCGGUCCCUAACUCACCGCAGGUGAGGAGGCCACCUAAUUUCUGGAAGCAAGGGGCAGGUUCACUAGUCAAAGUUGGAUUCCUUUCGGAAAAGAAAAAAUCAUCUGACUGAACUUCUCUCCUGGUUGAGGGAAGACUUCAGGUCCAAAUAAGUAAUCAGCUACUACUCCAGAUUAAAACACUUUAAAUUUAAAUAAUGGCAGAGACAAGUCUGUUAGAGGCUGGGGCCUCUGCAGCCUCCACAGCUGCAGCUCUGGAGAACUUACAGGUGGAAGCGAGUUGCUCUGUGUGCCUGGAGUAUCUGAAGGAGCCUGUCAUCAUUGAGUGUGGGCACAACUUCUGCAAAGCUUGUAUCACUCGCUGGUGGGAGGACCUAGAGAGGGACUUUCCUUGUCCUGUCUGUCGAAAAACAUCCCGCUACCGCAGUCUUCGGCCUAAUCGACAACUAGGCAGUAUGGUGGAAAUUGCCAAGCAGCUCCAGGCUGUCAAGCGGAAGAUCCGAGAUGAGAGCCUCUGCCCCCAGCACCAUGAGGCCCUCAGCCUCUUUUGCUAUGAGGAUCAGGAGGCUGUAUGUUUGAUAUGUGCAAUUUCCCACACCCACCGGGCCCACACCGUCGUGCCACUGGAUGAUGCCACACAGGAGUACAAGGAAAAACUGCAGAAGUGCCUGGAGCCCCUGGAGCAGAAGCUGCAGGAGAUUACCCGCUGCAAGUCCUCUGAGGAGAAGAAGCCCGGAGAGCUCAAGAGACUAGUGGAGUGUCGCCGACAACAGAUCUUAAAGGAAUUUGAAGAGCUUCAUAGGCGGCUGGAUGAAGAGCAACAGAUGUUGCUUUCACGACUGGAGGAGGAGGAACAAGACAUCCUACAACGCCUCCGAGAAAAUGCUGCUCAUCUUGGAGACAAGCGCCGGGACCUGGCCCACUUGGCUGCUGAGGUGGAGGGCAAGUGCUUACAGUCGGGCUUCGAGAUGCUUAAGGAUGUCAAAAGUACCCUGGAAAAAUGUGAGAAGGUGAAGACCAUGGAGGUGACUUCAGUGUCCAUAGAGCUGGAAAAGAACUUCAGCAAUUUCCCCCGACAGUACUUUGCCCUAAGGAAAAUCCUUAAACAGCUAAUUGCGGAUGUGACCCUGGACCCAGAGACUGCUCACCCUAACCUAGUCCUGUCAGAAGAUCGUAAGAGCGUCAAGUUUGUGGAAACAAGACUCCGGGAUCUCCCUGACACACCACGGCGGUUCACCUUCUAUCCUUGUGUCCUGGCUACUGAGGGCUUCACCUCAGGCCGACACUACUGGGAGGUGGAGGUGGGUGAUAAGACCCACUGGGCAGUGGGCGUGUGCCGGGACUCUGUGAGCCGAAAGGGUGAGCUGACUCCACUCCCUGAGACUGGCUACUGGCGGGUGCGGCUGUGGAAUGGGGACAAAUAUGCAGCCACCACCACGCCUUUUACCCCUUUGCACAUCAAGGUGAAACCCAAGAGGGUGGGCAUAUUCCUCGACUAUGAGGCUGGCACGCUGUCUUUUUACAAUGUCACAGACCGCUCUCAUAUCUACACUUUUACUGAUACUUUUACUGAGAAACUUUGGCCCCUCUUCUAUCCAGGCAUCCGGGCUGGUCGGAAGAAUGCUGCACCACUUACUAUCAGGCCCCCAACAGAUUGGGAGUGACAGGCCGCACACUGUGUCCUUGCGCAGGACCCUAACAACCAGGCGCUAGCGAGGUUUUACUGCCACACGGAGAGGACCAUCGCCAAGCGGCUUGUCUUGCGGCGG